CCUUCUCUUUCAUCACUAAAACCCUCAAAACCCCUUUGUCCAUUUUACAGUUCUUACAGCAUCUCCUUUUCAAUAGCAGUAUAAAGCAAGUGCAAAAGCUGAUUCUGGGUUCUUUAAAUCUGCAUGUUUUUCUUGCAUUUGGAUUUGGCAUAAGCUCAAAGUUGAAAGAUUUGUGAAAUCUUGAUAUGAAAGCUUUAAGAGUAUUGAGGACAUUGAACUCUUCACUAUCUUCAAAUCCAAGCAAAACCCAUUUCAAUUCAACCAUUUUCCUUCGAUUUUACUCAGCCCAACCUCAAGAAGACCACCCCACAAGCACUGGUAUUUCUUCCUCUGAAGAAGAGGACACGUCUUCCUCAGUCUUCGACAGUUCGCAAUACGAUGUGGGUGUGGGAUUAAACAAUGAUGUUAAUUCAAAAAGCAGUGUAAGCUCCACUUGGGACGAGAAAUAUAGGGAAAGAGUGAAAACUAAAGUCUUUGGUGAAGACCCUUCCGAGAUUAAGAGUUCAAGAAUCUUGAUUAAAGAAGAGGAGAAGAGAAGAAGAGCUGCUUUAUUGGCUAGGACUCUUCUAGAAGCUGCACUGGACCGGCCUGAUGAGGAAGGGGACGAAAAUAAAGAGGAUGAGUUGGUGAAGGAAGAAGAUCAAAUGUCAUUGAGUGUGGGAAUUAUUGGAGCUCCUAAUGCUGGGAAAUCUUCAUUAACUAAUUACAUGGUUGGGACCAAAGUUUCUGCUGUAUCACGGAAGACAAAUACCACUACUCAUGAAGUCUUAGGUGUGAUGACUAAAGGGAAAACACAAAUUUGUUUCUUUGACACUCCCGGGCUUAUGCUAAAGAAAAGUGGAUUUCCUUACAAAGACAUAAAAGCACGUAUUGAAAGUGCAUGGAGGUCUAUUGAUCUAUAUGAUGUACUCAUUGUCAUAUUUGAUGCUCAUAGGCAUCUUACCAAGCCUGAUUCUCGAGUGGUGAGGUUGAUUGAGAGAAUGGGCUCUGAGGCUAAUCCAAAUCAGAAACGCUUACUGUGCAUCAAUAAAGUUGACCUAAUCGAGAAAAAGAAAGACUUGUUGAAAGUUGUUGAGGAAUUCAAAGACCUUCCUGGAUAUGAAAGGUGCUUUACGGUAUCCGGACUAAAGGGCGCUGGAGUGAAAGAUCUAACUAAAUACUUGAUGGAGCAGUCAGUGAAAAGACCGUGGGAUGAAGAUCCAUUUGUCAUGAGUGAAGAAGUUAUGAAGAAUAUUUCAAUGGAGGUAGUCAGGGAAAAGUUGCUACAUUACAUACAUCAGGAAAUCCCAUAUGGCAUUGACCAUCGCCUGAUGGACUGGAAGGAGUUACGUGAUGGUUCCCUAAGAAUUGAACACCAUUUGAUCACACACAAGAUAAGCCAACGCAAGAUUCUCGUAGGAAAGAAUGGUUCCAAAAUAGGGAGAAUAGGUAUCGAGGCAAAUGAAGAGUUGAGAACGAUAUUCAAGAGAAAUGUCCAUCUAAUGCUUAUGGUUAGAGUGAAAUCAUGAAGAUGAAAGACAAUAUCCUUGUUUUGCAUGUGUGUAUAUAUAGAUGUGCUCCAGUUUUUGUCCCUUACCAAAGCAGUUCUCAGUUGACACAAUAAUUUACCAUAGCAUUAAUCCAAAAUUAUAUUGUUAUGAUACAAAAUAUGGAAGAGAAGCUUGAUUUCCCUUUACAUGUGAAUACACUCAUAUCCUUUUCCAUAGAUUUAAGGUCAAAAUUCUAGACAUUGUUUUGUAUUCAUGUUGGGAUGACGAGUAAAUUUGUUUGUAAUGUUGGUUCAUUUGCAUUGAUAUAUUUGAACCUUCAGUUGCUCCAUUUCCUCAUCUAAACAUUGUAAUUUUU